UGUCAGACUGAAUAUGACAACAAUCCAUCCAGUGGGUGGGGCACCGAAAUAGGACGUACACCAAAUCCGAAAGUCAGCUGUGUUUAUUCGCAAUAUCAUCCGAGAGUCAGUGCAAGAUGGGCGCUCUGCACUCAAUCCCUAAAGGUGCUCCGCUGAGAAUUGUGAUCAUUGGCAAGACCGGAGUUGGAAAGAGUGCCGCCGGUAACACCAUCGUGGGAAAAAAAGUGUUUUUGUCAGCAACAAGUUCACAGUCGGUGUCUGAGCACUGUGAGACAGAAAGAGCCAAGUGUCGGAGAAAGAUUCAGGUCGUCGAUACCCCCGGGAUUUUGGAUACGGCUGCAGACCCUGAAAGAAUCAAGAAAGAAAUCGCAAAAUGCAUCCAGAUGUCUUCUCCCGGACCCCACGCCUUCCUGCUGGUCUUGCGGGUAGGAAGGUUUACAGAAGAAGAAGAAAAAAGCGUGCGUGCUCUGGGGAAACUAUUUGGCCCGCAGGCUUCCCGCUACAUGUUUGUUCUUUUUACCCAUGGUGACGAGCUCAAAGGAAGAACCAUCCAGGAGUAUGUUAGAAAUGCCAAUCCGAAGCUCCAAGAGGUGAUCAACAGAUGUUGGGGCCGCUACCACGUCUUUAACAAUAAGAAAAUGCGCAACAGAGCUCAGGUGGUGCACCUGAUUGAGAAGAUCGAUGACAUGGUGGCGGCAAACGGGGGGCAACAUUUCACCGAGGCCAUGGUGGUGGAACCGCAAGAGACAAUGAGUCUUGACAGAUAUGUUGCAGAGGGGCAACCUUACAAUUUCUCUUUCAGGGGGGAAUUGUUCCAGAGAAUCUAUGAGCAUCAAGCCAUAAUCGACCAAGGACGAAGCAGUGGCGGUUCCGGUCCCUCGGCCCCCACCCUCUCCACCCAGGGGGUGGAGCACAAAGAAGGAUGUACACUCACAUCUGAAAGUGGGCUGUUUCGAUUUGCAAUAUCAUCAGCGACUCCGUGCAAGAUGGGCGCGCCGCACUCGAUCUCGAAAGGUGAUCCCCUGAGAAUCGUGAUGAUUGGCAAGACCGGAGUUGGAAAGAGCGCCGCCGGUAACACCAUCGUCGGAAGAAAAACGUUUUCGUCUGUAACCAGCGUACAGUCAGUGACAGCGCACUGUGAGACAGAAAGAGUCAGGUGCCGGAGAAACAUUCAAGUCGUCGACACCCCCGGGAUUUUGGAUACGGCUAAAUAUCCGGAAAAAAUCCGAAAAGAGAUUGCAAAAUGCAUCCAGGUGACCUCUCCCGGCCCCCACGCCUUCCUGCUGGUCUUUCAGGUCGGCAGGUUUACGGAAGAAGAAGAAAAAAGCGUGCGUGCUCUGGAGAAACUAUUUGGCCCGGGGGCUUACCGCUACAUGAUUGUUCUUUUCACCCACGGUGACGAGCUGAAAGGAAGAACCAUCCAGCAGUACGUUAAAAACGCCAAUCCGAAGCUCCAAGAGGUGAUCAACAGAUGUUGGGGCCGCUACCACGUCUUUAACAAUAAGAAAAUGCGCAACAGAGCUCAGGUGGUGCACCUGAUUGAGAAGAUCGAUGACAUGGUGGCGGCAAACGGAGGGCAACACUUCACCGAGGCCAUGAUGGAGAUGCCAUCGGAGGCAACCCAGAGACCGGAUCUUGACCGACACGUUGCAGAGGGGCAACCUUACAAUUUCUCUUCCAGGGGGGGAUGAGAAUCUCCGGGCAUCAAGGCAUGAUCGAGCCAGAAUGGAGGCGGUUCCGGCCAGCUCUGCCCCCACCCUCUGAAUGAAGUUGAGACUAUUCCGUAAUCAGUGCCGCUCAAUACAAAGAUAUCGCUGGCCGGGCUACCUGACCGGUUUGCUCUCUUGUCAUUGUCCGUCUCUUGUCCAUCUCGCUUAUCACUGCACAGCACCGUUAUGCAUUUACUUACUGAGCUUGAGGCACCACAAUAGUCGGCUCAACUUCAGCUCAAAACCCAAUCUC